AAAUGCAGCAAAUCUCUCCCGUUUUCUUCCGUGGGGUGGCUACGCGCUCUGGGGGGCUGGAGAAGUGCUUCACGAAGCCGAGUUCUUGUAUUGGCAGACUGAUGAUGACACGUGCCUCCUCCGUGCCACCCCCAGGCUCCAGAGUACGGCACUGACCUCAGUAACCGCCAAGGAAAACCAACUGUGGAAGCGUUGCUGCAGCCGUUAUUAUUUAAUAAACGAACUGAAUAUAAUGAAUUGCAACAAUUUUGCGUAAUCCUCUGCGCAAUACAUUUCCACCCCCUAAAAAAAAAAAUCGCGCAUCAAGUUCGGACGUUUUCGUCGAGCUAAAGACUAGAGUGCCGGUCACAAGAUGCGAAGACGGAGCGCCGACGUCUGAAGGUGAAAUGAACCUGGGGAUGAUUAAGAACAGGAGUACUUUGAUCAAGAAGUGGAGAUAGCAACUUAAAAACCAUCAAGGCUUUAUAAAACAACCGUCCGUACUAUAGCUUCGUUUUAUUCAUAUCCAGAAACAGAGUCGCAAUCUAGUUAUUGACUAUUUAUUUUAUUUGAACAACAACAAAAAUUGUCCCCAACGGCUAGACAGAGAACGCAACAAUGGCACAUUUAAUCCGAAGCAAGUUUCAAAAUAAACUGUCAAAUGCGGCCACCUCCGUGUCGAAUAAAUCCACGGCGAAGGUGAGCGGCAUGAUGGCCAGGAUGGGCUUCCAGGCCGCCACAGACGAGGAGGGACUGGGCUUCGCCGCAUGCGAUGAUUUGGAUUACGACCACCGGCAAGGACUGCAGAUGGACAUCAUGAAAUCGGAUGAAAUGGGUGGUGGUGACAUUGGAGAGGGGAGCGGAGAGGGUGGGAUGGGUGGAGGAGAAGACGGAAUGGCGGCUGGGGACAGCCACUACCAGAGAGACGGCACCGGCCCUCCGCUCUCAGCUUCUAAAGCCUCAGGUCUGGGAGAAGAAGAAAAAUCACCGAAAAUCACCGCGUGGGAAGCUGGCUGGAAUGUCACGAAUGCAAUCCAGGGGAUGUUCGUUCUGGGUUUACCAUACGCCAUUCUCCACGGGGGAUACCUCGGACUGUUUCUCAUUAUUUUCGCCGCCGUGGUGUGUUGCUACACGGGGAAAAUCCUCAUCGCCUGCCUGUACGAGGAGGACGAAGACGGCCAACUGGUGCGUGUAAGGGACUCAUACGUGGACAUUGCAAACGCCUGUUGUCAACCGAGGUUUCCAUCUUUAGGUGGCCAUAUCGUGAAUGUAGCCCAGAUCAUCGAGCUGGUGAUGACGUGCAUCCUGUACGUGGUUGUGAGCGGAAACCUGAUGUACAACAGCUUUCCCACUCUCCCCGUCUCACAGAAGUCCUGGGCCAUCAUGGCCACCGCCGCCUUGUUGCCCUGCGCCUUCCUUAAGAACCUCAAGUCCGUGUCAAAGUUCAGUUUGCUGUGCACUAUCGCGCACUUCGUCAUCAACAUCCUGGUAAUUGCCUACUGCCUCUCUAGAGCGCGCGACUGGGCCUGGGACAAAGUCAAAUUCUACAUCGAUGUGAAGAAGUUCCCCAUUUCUAUUGGAAUCAUCGUGUUCAGUUACACGUCUCAGAUUUUCCUUCCGUCACUCGAGGGGAACAUGGUGAAGCCCAGCGAGUUCCACUGUAUGAUGAACUGGACCCACAUCGCUGCAUGCGUCCUCAAAGGCCUGUUCGCCCUUCUGGCCUACCUGACCUGGGCGGAUGCCACCAAGGAGGUCAUCACCGACAACCUGCCGUCAACCAUCAGGGCUGUUGUGAACCUUUUCUUAGUGGCCAAAGCUUUACUGUCAUACCCAUUGCCAUUCUUCGCUGCGGUUGAAGUAUUGGAGAAAUCCUUUUUCUGUGAACGAGAACGCACAUGGUUCCCAGAUUGCUAUGGAGGCGAUGGAAGACUGAAAGCGUGGGGCCUCACUCUCAGAUGCACCCUUGUGGUGUUCACGUUGCUCAUGGCCAUUUAUGUACCGCAUUUUGCUCUUCUCAUGGGUCUGACCGGAAGCCUGACAGGCGCGGGUCUUUGCUUUCUGCUCCCCAGCCUCUUCCACCUCAAGCUGCUAUGGAGAAAGCUGCUAUGGCACCACGUGUUCUUUGAUGUCGCCAUAUUUGUAAUAGGAGGCAUAUGCGCCAUCUCUGGUUUCAUCCACUCAAUGGAGGGACUAGUAGAAGCUUACAAGUAUGGCAUAGAAGACUAGCCAAGCCACUGUCUACUGGAUAUCGAUGUUACUGCACAUCCCUUUUUAGUGUAUAACUGAAAUCCCCACUGAGCGCAGUCAGUGCAUCCCUGCUAACAGAAUUCAUGCGAAAUAAAUGCGUGCACCGAAUGCCGUGCAAGCACUCAUUUGUGCUCACUCAUUACAUACACACACGCACACGCACGCACACGCGCACACACACACACACACACACACACAGUGGGACAGAGUCUAAAUAGGAUAUGGACAAUUCAACUUGUAAUGUAUAAAUAUGAGAACAAAAUGCAUAUCCAUAUUUUUCAGUGGAGUGAAGGUUUACAAUAGUUCAAUCGACCUAAACAAAAUUGCAAAAUGGGACAUGUUUCUUCAUCUCUCUGUGGUGGUUUCCCAUCUUGAGAGACAUUUCAUUUGAAAUGCAAGUAUGUGGUUUUGGACGACCAUUUGACGGCAUCGUGACUAAAUGGUAUAAAAAAAAGUUGUGCGUUUGAUAUGAUGGCACUUUCUUCUACAUGAUUUUCAAUGUUUCAGUGGGCAGUGAAUGUGAUUAUUAAUUAACACAUUGACAUACUGUAAUGUGGGCCUAUUAUGAUGGCAACUAAUAUAAUGGCAAUACAUUAUAAGCUAUCAGCAAGACAACAUAAAUAUAAUACAUAUCGUGAAUGAUGAAACAGUGUGUUAAUGAAUACUAGGAAUAUCCCAAAUAUCUUGGAGAUUUAUUUAGAAGUCAUUUGUAUUCUCUCCAAGCGCUAUAUUGAAACAGUAUUAGUCAUUAUAAACAGCUACAUUGAAUGUAUAAUAUUCAGACAAAAGAAAAGUAUUGUGCAAGGAAAGACGUGUUUUGUAAAUUUGAAUAACCAUUAAAACACAUGGUUAGGCCUAAACACAUAUCGCACAGGUUAUGAAAUUGGGAAGAAAAAAGACGGCAAAGUAAAAGGCUGUGUCAUUAUGUGAAGUAAUAGGCUGUGUCAUUAUCGUUUGAAGAAGGCCCCUCAAGUCCGUCACUUGACCGAUAUUCGCCCCAGACAGAGGAACAUCCUGUCACAUGAUUAUCACCAUGGAAUUCGGUCACUGUAAAUUCGAAUUUAUCCCCUAAUGUUUGAUAUUAUAAUGCAUUUUACUUGUACACUAUACCUGCGAGAUUCAUUGAAAUUAUUCGAUGUCCGGAAUUAAGUGUCUGAAUCAUACAAAUAUGAAGAGAUCAUGAAAAUAAGAAAAUGUGCAUAAAGACAUUUUUUCAUUCUGCACAAUCCAACGGUCCUGUGGAAAUGUUAUAAAACCGUAUGUGUAGUGUAUUGUGGUUUCAAAAAGAUGGAAUGUAAAUCUCAAAUCGUUAUCAUAUAUCGUGAAAAUGAAUAUUAAAGAAUAAAGAAAUAAGUUAAAUUAUAUCAUA